AUAAGCAUCAUCCUUCACUUUCAUCUGUAAAUAUAUAUUUCCAGUUCCUCUUUCAAAAUAUAUAUAUAUAUAUAUAUAUAUAUAUUCCAGUUCCAGUUCCCAUCUUCAAUUUCCACAGUUCAAAGAAGGGAAAACUAAUAUUUUCAUCGGAAAAAAAAAGAAGAAGAAAGAAAAUGUUUACAAUGACAGAGAAAAUGCCAUCGGCAACAUCAGUAUUAUCAGCUUAUGCUUCAUUUGCUGGUUCAAUGAUGUUUGUAAGAUCAAUUGCUAAUGAAUUCAUACCAGAACAGCUACGAACGUACCUCUCAUCGGCUUUUUGUAACGUUUUCAGUCGUAAUCCUUCACUUCUCAUUUUCGUCAUUCAAGAAUUCGACGGUCUUACGCGAAACCAAGUUUACGAAGCUUCAGAGAUCUUCUUGCGUACUAAAAUCACUCCAACUAUAAACCGUCUUAGAAUCAGCAAAGCACCGAGAGAUAAAAACGUUUCAGUCACCAUUGAAAAAGGUCAGGAAAUUACGGAUUUCUUUGAAGAGAUUCAGCUGAAAUGGAGAUAUGUAUGUUCUGAAUCUGAGAAACCGAAUCCUAAUGAUCCAUAUCAACCUAAUAUAAAAUCUGAACAGAAAUCUUUUGAGCUCAGUUUUGAUAAGAGAUACAAAGACAGAGUUCUUGAGUCUUACAUUCCUCAUGUACUAGGAAAAUCCAAACAAUUGAAAGAAGAAAACAAGGUGCUGAAGCUUAAUACAUAUGGAAGUUUCUAUGGAGGAGAUGGUAGUGGUAAUUCAGGUGUUUGGGGUUCUAUCAAUUUACAACACCCAGCUACUUUUGAUACCCUAGCAAUGGAUCCAGAGGUUAAACAGGAGUUAAUGGAGGACUUGGAAAGAUUUGUUAAGAGAAGAGAAUUUUAUAAGAAAGUAGGAAAAGCUUGGAAACGUGGCUACUUGUUAUACGGUCCUCCUGGAACUGGAAAAUCAAGUUUAAUUGCUGCCAUGGCUAAUUAUCUUAAUUUCGAUAUCUAUGAUUUGGAGCUUUCUAAUCUUCAAUCGAAUUUGGAGUUGCGAAGCUUAUUGGUUGCUACGACUAAUCGAUCCAUACUUGUUAUUGAAGAUAUUGAUUGCAGCACGGAUUUUAAAGAUCGGGAAACUGAUCAACAACAAGAACAACAAUGGUAUCAAGCUCCCGAAACCAAGCUGACUCUUUCAGGAUUACUCAACUUCAUUGACGGUUUAUGGUCAAGCUGUGGAGAUGAGAGGAUUAUCAUUUUUACAACAAAUCACAAGGAAAAGCUUGAUCCUGCUUUGUUGCGGCCAGGCCGGAUGGACAUGCACAUUCACAUGUCUUACUGUACUCCUAAAGGGUUCAGACUUCUUGCAUCAAAUUACCUCUCUAUCCACAAGGAGCACCAUCUUUUUGGAGAGAUCGAACAACUUAUACAAGAAGCCCAAAUCACACCAGCAGAAGUAGCAGAAGAGUUAAUGAAGAGAGAAGGAGCUGACAAAUCCCUAGGUGGUCUUGUUGAGUUACUAAAGAGAAAGAAAACUGAACAAAAUGAAGCCAAGGAUGGAGAAGAUGAAGAAACAACAAAUGAAGAACAAAAAAAGCAGAAGCUUGAAAUUGAAGAGGUAAAAAGACCCAGAAGAACAAACUAUAGGGGCAGGGGAAGGGGUAGAGGAAUGAGGUUAAGACGAUGGUGAUCAUCAUAGCCGAGGGUCAAUUUUUCUUUUAGAGUCAAUUUUUCUGAAUAAAGAUCAAUUUGUGGUUGUUAGACACUUAAAUGUUUGUUUCUAAAUCAAAAUAUUGGGCAGAGCACUGAAAAAA